AUAGGAACAGAUUUUUGUUAAUUAGGUUGAAUAUAUAUACCCACUCACAUUAAGCAAAAAAGGCUCACUCUUCAAGAUCGCUCAGCCGUACCUGCAGGCAUAUACGGUCAUUCAAACAAUGACCGUCAGGGAAUGAAUGGACCACCACCUGUACCCUCACACAGCAGCCAUCAUGACAAGUUCGAUAUAGAAGAAAUGAAUGAAUCUGACAGCCAGCCCCUUACUAAUAGCAGCAAUAACAGUAUGAAUCAAGCGUCCAAUAAUCAAUCGUCUAGACCUGUCUCAUUAUUUUUGUAUAAUGGUCAAGACUCAGUAAGAAGCCAACGUCCGUCCAAUUUUGUUAAACCAACAUCAUCGACUCUCUCGGGUGAUAGUAAUUCUACUAUUUCGCAUGAUAUGCGUAUUGUACAGACAUUAUAUGAAAAUUAUGCGCAAAAAGUUUAUUUUGAAGGUUACGUAUGGAAAAGAAAUGAUCUGACCGUCGACGGAAAACCUUGUGCAGAAACUGAAUGGCAACAAUGGUACGUUGAGCUUUGUGGCCCUGUAUUAGCAUUAUGGGAUGUAUCUCAGCAAAAUCAGAAUGAUUACGUAAUGCCUCAGUAUAUCAAUAUUACAGAUUCUGAUGUGCAAUUACUGGGACAAUAUGAAGGCAGACAGAAUGUAUUUGCCUUGAAUUCAGCUGGCGCCAAUCGCUAUUUAUUUGAUGUAGUAGACUACCAAACAUUAAUCAGCUGGGUUUGCGCUAUACGUCUUUCCUGCUUCGAAUGCUGUAAACUCCAGGAAAUCUUCACUCGACGCUUUCUGACUCGCUCGACAUUUUCAGAUAUUGUCACAAAGCCCAUCAAUAAAAUGGAAGGAUUUGUCCAAGUUAGAUUUUCAGGUACAACCGAAUGGCGUAAAUUUUGGGUUGUUGUAUCGGAUAGAAAGGAGGAAAAGAAAUUGUUUGGCAAAAAGUCGAUUCAAUCAACAAGGGGCCAAAUGAUGUUCUAUGAAUCGAAGAAAAGCAAACAACCAAGUUUUACCAUGGUCAAUGUUGUACAAAGUUAUAUAUUGUAUCCUGAAUCGCCUCAGGCCAUUGAUUUGGUGUCCAUAUUUAAAGUAGAAGGCAGUACUUUUGCUAUCAAACCGAAUGGAGAACAACAGCGUAUGAAGUCUUACUCGAGUGUUUUGAUUAUGGCCUCGUCGCCUAAAGAGGUUGUUCAGUGGUUGAUUGGAACAUUGGACACCUUCAAGCUCUAUGGUAGACCGGCCUGUCUCAGUGAUGACCCUUUCAAUAUUAAUUCACUGAAUUUUGGAGAGCCCUCAGGUGAUAUGCCACGCUUAUUUUUAGAGGUGCCAGAAGUGAUUCAUUUGAACUUCAAAGACGACACUUUAUUAGAUAAUAAGGCACAGUUUGCUGGAAUAUUGUUAAACAAAAUCCAAUAUCAACAGCAGCAGCAGCAGCAGCAGCAGCAAAGACCACAGUCGUAUACACGACAGAUGAGGGUUUCUCAGCAACAACCGAUGGGGCUCAUUCACCAAAUCCCCAAUAAUAAUGGCAAACCCAUUUAUAACAAUAAUAAUGGAAAUACUAAUAAUGUCCAGUCGCAAAGAGGAUCCGUUUAUUCCAGCCAUUCCUCUAACACGAACAGGUCAUCGCUGAGUCAUCAACGCGCCAAUCUUAUAGGGCAGAAGGGAGGAAGACAGGUUUAUGCUAGCGACGACGACGAAGACGAGGAUGAGGAAGAAGUUGAGGAUGAGGACAACGAAGAUGAUAGUGACGACGACGACGACGAUAAGGCUCUGUUUACCGCCAACGGAACUUUGAAGAGACCAAUAACAGAACAACCUGAAAGGCAAAAUUUAUUAUUACCAAAUAUCAGCUGUUCUGAUGAUCUAUCUCUUGAACGAGAAUUUUUAGCAUCCAUGAAUAACAACCAUCCAUCCAAGAUGACGAUGGAAAAAACAGGGUCGACAUUGAAGCAGGAAAAUGAAUGCAAUAGUGAGGUUGUUCAGCCGCCUAAAAAUGAUUUAUCAGUCAGUGACAAAGAAGAAGAGCAGGAACCAGCUGUUACUAAGCCCACCCAUUCUCGACUUCAGCCAAAACUAGCACGAACGCAAAUCAGUUUGAGUGGCUCAGAAGAAGAGGACGACAGCGAAGAGAAUAACGAUGAUGAUGAAGCAAGCUAUUCUGGCAGUGACGACGAUGACGAUGAUGUACCUAUUCAACAGCAGCAGCAGAAGCGAUUACUGCAGCAGCAACAGCUACAACAGCAAUUUUUGGAACCUCAUAUGCAAUUUCAGCAACCUAUGCAAGGUUCAGCUCAAUGGGAUAGCGCCAGCAUGUACGACAGCGCCAGUAUCAUGAAUCAACAGCGUUAUGGUACUGAGGAGGAUGUGAAUGGAGGUUUGGCUAUUGGUUAUGCCCCUCAAAUGCUAGAAGAGAAUGGCCCGAUCAUUCCACAGUUAGGUGAUCAUUUUGCUACCCCCAAUAGUCUGAUGGAUACGUAUCGAUCGGACCGCACUACUGCACAUGAGCAAGAGGGUUUCGCCAGAGCUACUGGACAACCUCUGAUUCAAGUACCCAAUAAGCCUCCAGAACCACGUGCAGGUCUUGUGGGUAUGAUCUCUCAGAUAGAACACGGAAGGAAGCAAAAGGAUGUAAAUAAAAAUAGAAUGAUGGAAAUGGAGAAAGAGCUGUUGAUGCAACAAGAACGCGAAAAGUAUUUGAUGGAGCAAAGAUCACAAAUGAUGCAGCAUCAGCAGGUAAAUGCAAAGCACUUUGACAAGGCUAUAUUUCAACGUACUUAAUCAUCUUACGCUUUAUCGCAUGUUUUCUGCGUAAAUAGCCUGCCAUGAUGGGCCAGCCUAUGAUGAUGUAUCCUGGUAUGAACCCCGCAAUGAUGCAUAUACCCAACGGCCAAAUGCCCGUAAUGAAUAUGAUGGGCCAACCUAUGAUGUAUCCUGGAGUGAUGCCCAUGGGAGCUCCCGGUAUGAUGAACAUGGCGCCCAUGAUGACAACACCACCCAUGAUGGACCCACGUAUGUCCAUAUUAAUGAUGCAGUCACCGUAUGCACAAUACCCCAUGUGGCAGCAACAGCAGCAAAUGAUGUAUGGUAACAGCCGCUUUAACGGACAGAUACAAGAAGAAGAAGAUGAAGA